CCAUUCUGACCACUUCUUUUCGGGAGGUCUUCGCCCCUCCUGUCGCGCCAACGAAACGAAAGCCACGUCUACCCGUCCUGUCUCUCCGUCUGUCCGGUAUCCACACAACUCGGGAGGGUAGGAAGGGAAGGGAAUCUUUUUAUAUUUCGGGGGGAUGAAUAACGAACGACCUUUUCUUUUUCUUGUCUGGUCACUACUCCUGCUAGGAAAGGUAUAGAUAAGCAGUGUGUGUCUUGGGGGGAAACUAGUUGUUUUGUUUCGCUUUUUACCCAAAGCAUAUGUCAUUCCUCAUGAGAGAGUGUAUCGAGAAUUUGUCCGUUUGCAUCCGCUCCAGCACUUCUGACUACGAUAUGCUGUGUUUCGCCACUCCGCUCUCUUCCAUCUACGGUCCGAUUUUGAGGGGCAUCCACAUUGCAGCAGCGUCCAGACAUGACUUCGUCUUGAUCUGGGAGCUCAUCGGCCCGGUCGAAGAAUCCUUCCGCCCUCACCUACCUCACUCACUCCACAGCUCUCAUAACCUAGGCAUUUAUAUUUCCGGAUGCUGGAAAAGGCUAGGCCACGAUCGCAGAGGUAAAGCUACGAACAUAUUAAACGGGUGGGACGGAACGUUUGGAUGGCAACCGAAGGAAGAGGAUGGGAUGAAAGGCCGCGGUUGUCUCUGCGCCCUGGUCCCUUUCUGCCAUUGUGAGAACACCCUGAUGGAUACAAGAGCAAACAGCAUUGGACAGACCAGGACGGGAAAAAGAAGUACGAUAUCAAGUUUAAGACAUAAGUGUGGAGAAGACAGAACGGCUUGGCAGGCUCGGCUUUUUGGGACAGUUGCGUCUUGUUCUCAUGGGGCGAAAAGGUUGCUGUGGUCGAAAAAGAGGAGGCAGGCGGAUUAACGGAUAGGAGCGCGUGGGACUUUUUGUUGUCGGUUGAUUGAUUAGGCUCGUUGUACGGAAUUGAAUAGGUGGUGGUUUACGGUGACUUGAGAGCCAAAAGUGGUCCUAAGAUAUGAGUUGU